GCGGGAGCAACGCUUCGUAUAUACAGUAGGCGGGGCGGGACGGGACGGGGCACUUUUAUAGCUGGGUCUGACGUGCCUUUCUGGAUGUACGAUUGAAAGGGGAGAACCGCACCGGGAGACUUGGCAACGCUGGAAUAAGAGUCCACACAUGGAGACUUCUAAGGUGAAACAGCUGCUGGAGGGACGAUCUGCCUUUGCCCGACGGGAAGAUGGCCUCGAUAUUUACUACGUUCAGCCUCAAGAGACGCGGCAGGAUGCAGAGACAGGCGCCCGGGCGGUGCACAUUGGCCGCCCAAAUGGCCGUCCCACCAGGUGUGUGAUGCUGCUGGGAGAGACAGGUGCAGGAAAGACCACCUUCAUCAACGCUGUACUCAACCACCUCUUCGGAGUGGAGUUCGCCGAUUCUUUUCGUUUGCAGGUCAAAGAAGAGAUAGAAGAUGGUCGCCGGAAGACGGAGAGCCAGACAGACACCAUCAAUGUGUACACCAUUCACUACAAGGAAGGCAUGAGGCACGAGUACAACGUUGUGCUCAUCGACACCCCCGGCCUGGCAGACACGCGGGGGGCACAACGCCAGGAACACGUAAAGUCUCGCUUGGAAAGGUUCCUAAUGUCAGAAGAUAUUGGUGUUGAUGAACUUCACUGUGUUGGUCUUGUUGCCAAGGCAAAUGUAAACAGAGAUUUUACGGAUCAGAAAGCUGUGCUGGGGGAAAUCAUGUCAUUGCUAGGAGCCAGUGUGCCAGAGAUCACGUGUCUUCUUGCAACUUAUGGCGUGGAUGAGCCAUCAGUUGAUGCCGUAGUGAGGAAUGCAGGAAUUGCCUUCAAAAGAAUGUUUCGCUUUGAUAAUGGUAUCAUCUACACUCCCCAAAAGACGACUAACACCUCAGAGAACAACCAGGCUGCUAUUGCCUCCAUAAGGUGGAAAGAAAUGAGGAAGCAGUACGAUGCUUUCUUCAGCCAUCUGAGCCGUGCGCCGCCUGUUAGCAAUAGGGUUCGCAGGGAGAAAAAACUUUUUGACACAAGCAAAAAUAAUUUGAAAGAAGGAAUUAAAAAGCUAGCCACCUCAAUAGCAGCACUUCAUGUAUAUAAAAAACUCUACAAUAAAUUUGAAUUACAGGAAUCUGAAAAUAAGGAAUGGCGUAAGGAAGAGAUGGAAGAGAUUAUAAUUCAAGAGGAUCUAAAUGAUACUGGAAAUGGUGUUUACCCACACAACUGCAGGAAGUGUUUGGUGACCUGUCACCUCUGCAGGGGCAGCGUGGAAGACGAGGUCCUUGGUGCUACAGUUUGUGGCGCAGGUGCUAUAGCUGCCGGAGCUGCUGGUGCAGUAGUCGUUGCUGAAGGGACUGCUGCAGCUGGAACAGCAGCAGUUGUAGCCACAGAAGAAGCAGCUGCAGCUGGUGCAGCAUUGGCAGCCACAGAAACAGUAGCUGCAGCUGGUGCAGCAUUGGCAGCCAUGAACCCAGCAACAUUGGCAGCCAUGAACCCAGCAACAUUGGCAGCUGUAGCUGGUGCAGUAUUGGCAGCCACAGAAACAGUAGGUGCAGCUGGUGCAGCAGUGGCAGCCACAGAAACAGUAGGUGCAGCUGGUGCAGCAGUGGCAGCCACAGAAACAGUAGGUGCAGCUGGUGCAGCAGUGGCAGCCACAGAAACAGUAGCUGCAGCUGGUGCAGCAGUGGCAGCCACAGAAACAGUAGGUGCAGCUGGUGCAGCAGUGGCAGCCACAGAAACAGUAGGUGCAGCUGGUGCAGCAUUGGCAGCCAUGAACCCAGCAACAUUGGCAGCUGUAGCUGCUGGUGGAGCCUUUACUGCUGCAGUGGGACUUGGACUUGGUGCAGGGUACUUUAUUGCAAAAAUAGUGAAUGAGUCAGACUCGUGUGAUAUGGAUACCAACACUGAGUGCACAGAAAAGGGUUGCCACCACCCUUUGUCCGAUCAUGUUCGGAUGAAAAAAAUUAUAAUAAAACAAAAUGUGAUGCGGGAGAAAAUCAAUGACAAUAUGAAGAGUCUUUAUGAUGCAGCUCUUUCAAAAAAAUCAGAAAUCAUGAAUAAAAUCAACAAAACUGAAGAAAAUAUUUUGAGCCGUAGGAGAAUAAUUUCUCAGAACACUGUGGAGGCACUGCACCAUGCAAUGAGAAUACAAGCAUUCACUUCACAACAUUUUGAUUACAUUGAGAAUAUAAAUAUCGAGAUCAUCAAGGCUGUACUAGAUGGGCCUGCUAUCACGCCCCAUGCUCUAGAGCAUGCCAAUGUUCUGGACAAGGCCAUGAAACAAUUGGCGUCAUUUGGAUCACAGGAAGUUCUUGGUAAGCAUGAACUUGUCGAGAAGAUGUUACUGAGCGUUUACAGAAAGGACGGAUAAACGGGCAAUGGCAUAAGUACCCAACACACCCAUUGCAUAUGUUAAACCAUGCAAAAUAGCACUACGGUUCUGGAAAACCUCAGAUCCAUGAUUGUCGUAAGUGACAACGUUUGCUUAACAAAUUCAAAAUCCCCCAAAUUUAUCUCAAGUAGCCGAUAACUUUUCUUGACUUUAUUAAUAUUGAAAUUCCUUUCAGUAGUACAAACAAAAGCUUAUUUUCUUGGAUUUGAAAGAAGCUGGUUUUGGUGCCAAUGGGAGCAUUCAACAACUUCACACAAGGCUAGCAUUCAGUACGUUCCUUAGCCUGUAGGCGGUAUUGUUAGAGUUGUAUUUCAAAGAGAAUGCUUCAUUCCAAAAAGUAACUUAUACUUUUAAUACUCUUUUUUUUCUGGAGCAAAACACUGCAUGAGUAAACAACAGAAUCAGAAUAUGAAAUGAUGACGUCACGUGCAACCCCUCUAUAGGAGGGGUUGCACGUGACGUCAUCAGCAGCGAUCAGCUGAUCACUUCUCAGCUGCCCCGCAAAGGCCCGCCAUUUUGGGAGGCACAUAUUUGCCGCAAGAGAGCUCCUUAGCUUUUCCCCGACAUGUUACUGUGUGGGUGGGUGUGUUAGUGGCCCAUCUAUUACUGUGUGGGUGGGUGUGUUAGUGGUCCAUCUAUUACUGUGUGGGUGGGUGUGUUAGUGUCCAUCUAUUACUGUGUGGGUGGGUGUGUUAGUGUCCAUCUAUUACUGUGUGGGUGUGGGUGUGUUAGUGGUCCAUCUAUUACUGUGUGGGUGUGGGUGUUAGUGGUCCAUCUAUUACUGUGUGGGUGUGUUAGUGUCCAUCUAUUACUGUGUGGGUGGGUGUGUUAGUGUCCAUCUAUUACUGUGUGGGUGUGGGUGUGUUAGUGGUCCAUCUAUUACUGUGUGGGUGUGGGUGUGUUAGUGGUCCAUCUAUUACUGUGUGGGUGUGGGUGUGUUAGUGGUCCAUCUAUUACUGUGUGGGUGUGGGUGUUAGUGGUCCAUCUAUUACUGUGUGGGUGUGUUAGUGUCCAUCUAUUACUGUGUGGGUGGGUGUGUUAGUGUCCAUCUAUUACUGUGUGGGUGGGUGUGUUAGUGGUCCAUCUAUUACUGUGUGGGUGUGUUAGUUGUCCAUCUAUUACUGUGUGGGUGUGUUAGUGUCCAUCUAUUACUGUGUGGGUGUGGGUGUUAGUGUCCAUCUAUUACUGUGUGGGUGUGGGUGUUAGUGUCCAUCUAUUACUGUGUGGGUGUGGGUGUGUUAGUGGCCCCUCUAUUACUGUGUGGGUGUGGGUGUUAGUGUCCAUCUAUUACUGUGUGGGUGUGGGUGUGUUAGUGGUCCAUCUAUUACUGUGUGGGUGUGUGUGUUAGUGUCCAUCUAUUACUGUGUGGGUGGGUGUGUUAGUGGCCCAUCUAUUACUGUGUGGGUGUGUGUGUUAGUGUCCAUCUAUUACUGUGUGGGUGUGUGUGUUAGUGUCCAUCUAUUACUGUGUGGGUGUGGGUGUUAGUGUCCAUCUAUUACUGUGUGGGUGUGUGUGUGUUAGUGUCCAUCUAUUACUGUGUGGGUGGGUGUGUUAGUGCCCAUCUAUUACUGUGUGGGUGUGGGUGUGUUAGUGUCCAUCUAUUACUGUGUGGGUGUGGGUGUGUUAGCGGCCCAUCUAUUACUGUGUGGGUGUGGGUGUUAGUGUCCAUCUAUUACUGUGUGGGUGUGGGUGUUAGCGGUCCAUCUAUUACUGUGUGGGUGUGGGUGUGUUAGUGGUCCAUCUAUUACUGUGUGGGUGUGGGUGUUAGUGUCCAUCUAUUACUGUGUGGGUGUGGGUGUUAGUGUCCAUCUAUUACUGUGUGGGUGUGGGUGUGUUAGUGUCCAUCUAUUACUGUGUGGGUGGGUGUGUUAGUGUCCAUCUAUUACUGUGUGGGUGGGUGUGUUAGUGUCCAUCUAUUACUGUGUGGGUGUGGGUGUUAGCGGCCCAUCUAUUACUGUGUGGGUGUGUUAGUGUCCAUCUAUUACUGUGUGGGUGUGUUAGUGUCCAUCUAUUACUGUGUGGGUGUGUUAGUGUCCAUCUAUUACUGUGUGGGUGGGUGUGUUAGUGUCCAUCUAUUACUGUGUGGGUGUUGCCAAGUAUAGGCCAGUGGGCUUUUUGCGAACCCCUUACGUUCUUAUGUUCUUACUAAACACUGCCCGGGGUUAAAUUAGUCAUAUAUUCAUUGUUCUUAUCAUCAAAUAUAUCUUGAAGUUUGAUAAUAAAUGUAUAUGCUGUA